AGCUUCCCGGGCACAGAACCUGCAGCCCGGGCUGACCCGGUGCUGCUCCCCAGCGGGGUGUGUGCGGGGAGAGCCCUUCCCUAGCGCCCCUCGGUGCCCAGCCGGGGGGACUCUCUCCGGGGGCUGGAACCAGCCCCUGGGGCAGCCCCGGGCUCUGCCGACACCAGCCCCUGAGCCGGAGCCUGCAGGGGCUGGUGGUUGGCAAGGAGGUGGCUGUGUAUUCCACCAUGGAGCCGUGUGUCCUGCUGGAUCCUCACCAAAAAGCCCUGUACAGGGAGGUCAUGCAAGAAAGCUACGACACCCUAAUGUCACUGGUCCCCCCCACAGAAUUCCCCUUCCUGAAAACAGAGGUGAUCUCCCGACUGGAACGGCAUCGCAGAGGCUCCAAGGAGAGGGAGAUCCCAGCAGCAUCUGGUACAGGUGAUGGGACGGUGAGUGAGAUCGAGGGGGAGAAUCCCCUGAAGGAAGGCCCUGAGCCAGCGGAACCACAGGAGAAGCUGCCGGGAGGAUUUUCAGGAGCUAUUUGCCAAGGGCCUGCUGGGGUGAGGCUGGGAGGGGCAAGGAGGAGACAGGGCAAACCUGCCCCUCAGGGGCCCAGCCCCAAGAAACUGCAGGAUAUCACGGCUCACCAGCGGACGCCCCAGGGCCAGAAGCCCUACCGGUGCCAGGACUGUGGCAAGAGUUUCAUCUGGAGCUCCCACCUGGAGCGGCAUCUGCGUAUCCAUAUGGGCGAGCGCCCCUAUGCCUGCCCUGAGUGCGGUGAGCGCUUUACCCAGAGCUCCCACCUCCAGCAGCACCAGCUGGCUCAUGGCAGCGAGUGCCCCUACAAGUGCGGCAAUUGUGGCAAGCACUUCGGCAACCCCCCAGCCCUGGCGGCCCACCAGCGUGGCCACCUGGAGGACAAACCCUACUGCUGCGCCCAGUGCGGCAAAGGCUUCACCUGGAGCUCCCACCUGGAGCGUCACCGGCGCAUCCACAGCGGCGAGCGGCCCUACUGGUGCAGGGAGUGCGGGGAGGCCUUCGCCCAGAGUGCUCACCUCACCAAGCACUGCCGGACCCACACUGGGGAGCGCCCCUUCCGCUGCCCUCACUGUGGGAAGGGCUUCGGGGACAGAUCUGACCUCACGCGACACAAACGGACUCACGCAGCCCAGAGAGCCCACCAGGAGGAGGCAUGUGGCUGCUUCAGGGAGAGCUCGGAGCUGCUUCAGGGUUCAAAGGCCCUGGGACCCCAGCCUGAGCGGAAAUCCCACCCCUGUGGGCACUGCGGGAAAGUCUUUGCCUGGAGCUCCCACCUCGAGCGGCACUGGCGUGUCCACACCGGCGAGCGGCCCUAUGCCUGCCCCGAGUGUGGCGAGUGCUUUGCCCAGAGUGCCCACCUCACCAAGCAUCGCCGGACCCACACUGGCGAAUGGCCCUACACCUGCCCCCACUGCGGGAAGGGCUUUGUCGAGAGCUCCGACCUGGCACGGCACCAGCGCACCCACACCAGGGAGAAGCCCUACAGGUGUGGGCAGUGUGGGAAAGGCUUCAGCGUCCACUUAUCCCUCUCCAAGCACCACAGGGAGCACACAGGGAGCACGCCAUGAGCAGUUGCCACUGAGAGCCUGCGCCAGGCUGCCCUAUCCCCUCCUCAGGGAGAGGAGAGGAGAGGGGAACCUGGCACUUCCACUUCACAUUGCCCACUUGGGAAAAGGCCUCCAGGAUGGCCUGAGGUCCUCUGGGCCAGAGGCACCCCCCACCCCCAGGAUGGCCUAGGGGCCUCUAGACCGAGACCCUCCAGGAUGGCCCGAUGGCCUCACUACCUCUGAAAACCCCAUGCUGGAAAGCAUACUUCCAGCUUUAGUACUGACGUAUCCUAAAAGUGACUCUUCAAACGUGGCCGUUUCGUCACCCUACAGUGCCCUGCAAUCACAGGGGCUCUGUUUCCCAGCAAUAAAAUCUUUUUUCUCACUGCCAA